AUUCCAAAUAAGAAACAGAUUAAAAGAUAGAUAAGAGCAGAGCUCAUCUCCUCCUCUUUGCAAUGGCGUUCUCUCCCACUAUUUCUACUCCAACUCCCAAAUUUCUCCAAUCCUCAAUGCUUACUAUUCCCUCUUUCAAAUUACAUUUUGCCAACUCUCCAAAACGACAAUCUUAUGCCACUCGUCGUUUACGCGUCAUUGCUUCUUCUUCAACUCUACAGUCUACAAACGGCGCCGUUUCUUCUCCCACUGAGAAAAAACCAGGCACCUCAUCCUCCUCCUCUUCUUCUGGACGGCAGUACUUUCCGUUAGCUGCUGUUAUUGGCCAGGAUGCUAUCAAAACUGCGCUGUUGCUCGGAGCUAUUGAUCGUGAAGUUGGAGGAAUUGCUAUUAGUGGGAAACGAGGAACUGCUAAGACUGUCAUGGCGCGUGGCUUGCACGCCAUUUUGCCUCCGAUUGACGUUGUCGCUGGUUCUAUCUCUAAUGCUGAUCCUUCUCGACCUGAAGAGUGGGAAGAUUUUUUAGCAGAGCGGGUAGAAUAUGAUUCUGAUGGUAUUAUUAAGACUCAAGUUGUUAAAUCUCCUUUUGUUCAGAUUCCAUUGGGAGUCACAGAGGACAGACUCAUUGGAUCUGUUGAUGUUGAGGAGUCUGUAAAAACGGGAACUACUGUGUUUCAGCCUGGCCUUCUAGCUGAAGCUCAUAGAGGUGUUCUAUACGUUGAUGAAAUCAACCUUUUAGAUGAGGGUAUUAGUAACUUGCUUCUUAAUGUAUUGACGGAAGGGGUUAAUAUUAUUGAAAGAGAGGGAAUCAGCUAUAAGCACCCUUGCAAGCCCCUUUUGAUUGCUACUUACAAUCCAGAAGAAGGUGCUGUUCGGGAACACUUGCUAGAUCGUAUUGCUAUUAAUUUGAGCGCAGAUCUUCCUAUGACUUUCGAAGAUCGUGUCGCAGCUGUUAGUAUUGCUACUCAAUUUCAGGAACAUAGCAAUGAAGUCUUUAAAAUGGUUGAGGAAGAGACGGAAUCAGCUAAGACCCAGAUCAUUUUGGCCAGAGAGUAUUUGAAGGAUGUCACCAUUGGCAGGGAGCAAUUGAAAUAUCUUGUUUUGGAAGCCAUUCGAGGUGGUUGCCAGGGACACAGAGCUGAGCUGUAUGCUGCCCGUGUCGCAAAAUGCUUGGCUGCUAUUGAAGGACGCGAUAAAGUUUACGCAGAUGACCUGAAAAAAGCUGUGGAACUGGUUAUUCUUCCCCGUUCAAUCAUCAAUGAGAAUCCACCAGAACAGCAAAACCAACCGCCUCCACCUCCUCCGCCUCCACAAAAUCAGGAUUCUGGGGAUGACCAGAAAGAAGAGGAGGAAGAUCAAGAGGACGAUGAUGAAGAGAAUGAUGAAGAGAAUGAACAAGAGCAGGAACAAUUACCUGAAGAAUUUAUAUUUGAUGCAGAAGGGGGUUUGGUGGAUGAAAAACUUCUCUUCUUUGCACAACAAGCGCAGAAACGGCGAGGGAAGGCAGGGAGAGCAAAGAAUGUCAUAUUUUCAGAGGACAGAGGUCGAUAUAUUAAACCAAUGCUCCCAAAGGGUCCUGUGAAGAGAUUAGCAGUUGAUGCAACCCUUAGGGCAGCUGCACCAUAUCAAAAACUACGGAGAGAGAAGGACACUCAAAAGUCUAGGAAAGUGUAUGUUGAGAAAACUGACAUGAGGUCAAAAAGAAUGGCAAGAAAAGCGGGAGCACUGGUAAUAUUUCUAGUUGAUGCAAGUGGAAGUAUGGCAUUGAAUCGAAUGCAAAAUGCAAAAGGUGCUGCACUUAAGUUACUAGCUGAGAGUUAUACAAGCAGGGAUCAGGUAGCUAUCAUUCCCUUCCGUGGAGAUGCUGCGGAAGUCCUUUUACCUCCUUCCAGAUCAAUUGCAAUGGCAAGGAACCGUCUUGAAAGACUUCCAUGUGGUGGUGGUUCACCCUUAGCUCACGGUCUCACAACUGCUGUCAGGGUUGGACUAAAUGCAGAAAAGAGUGGUGAUGUGGGGCGUAUAAUGAUUGUUGCAAUAACUGAUGGGAGAGCCAAUAUAUCUCUGAAAAGGUCCAACGAUCCUGAAGCUGCUGCUUCUUCUGAUGCCCCGAGGCCUUCCACGCAAGAACUGAAGGAUGAGAUUCUAGAAGUGGCGGCAAAAGUAUACAAGGCUGGAAUGUCUCUUCUAGUCAUUGAUACAGAAAACAAGUUCGUUUCAACUGGAUUUGCUAAAGAGAUUGCAAGAGUUGCUCAAGGAAAAUAUUAUUACUUACCUAAUGCUUCAGAUGCUGUCAUUUCUGCGGCCACUAAGGAAGCUUUAUCAGACUUAAAGAGUUAGUAAUUUUAUAAAAUCUCGAUCAGCCGGAUCAGCAAAAUCACGAGGUUUGAUUCUACAAUUGCUACCAAAGCCGACUGUUGUUGAUUAAUUAUAGAGAAUUGUUCUGUACAGUAUCAGCCAUUUGUUCUUUCUGCUAACAUGUUUCGUAUACGUAUCAUUGUAGACCAUACUGUAAUGUGUUUGUCGAAUUAAUGGAAGUAGUUCUUGUAAGAAGUAUAAUAUCAAAAAGUGUAUCUCGCCAUCUUAUCAAAUGUUGUAUUGUCAUCA